AUGGAAGUACAUCUAGCUGAUGAUACAGUCAAAGGAAAUCUCUUUUUGAAGGGCUGGAAGCUAUCUCUUGUUACCUUUUCUCUUUCCGUGGGUACAUUUCUCGUCGCUCUUGAUGUCAACAUUAUCGGGGUUGCAAUACCGAAAAUCACGAGCGUCUUUGAUUCCUUAGGAGACGCAGCAUGGUACGCUUCGACGUACCUCUUGACUGUAACUGCAUUGCAGCCUACUAUGGGAUAUCUUUACAAAUCUUUCAAUGUCAGACUUGUCUACUUCACUAAUGUCAUAAUAUUCGAAGCGGGUUCCGUUCUAUGUGCGGCUGCUCCAAGUUCGACUCUCUUUAUCUUGGGGCGUGCUAUUGCAGGCGUAGGCGCAGCAGGGUUGUUGCAGGGAGCUUUGGCGAUAAUCACACAUAUUGUGGAAUUAGAGCGUAGACCUUUGUUCAUGGGAAUAGUAAUUAGUGUAUUCGGUCUUUCAAUAUGCGUUGGUCCUGUAAUGGGUGGCGCCUUUGUCGAUAGUAUUGGCUGGAGAUGGUGUUUUUGGAUAAAUCUUCCCAUUGGCGCAGUCGCUAUGAUAUUACUUGUUCUUUUCCUCAAGGUUCAAUCCGUACCCAACCAAUAUACCUCACUUUCCCUGAGAAGAAAAAUUGCAAACAUGGAUCUCAUUGGAACAGUCACGUUUCUUGGUGCUAUCUGCUGUUUAACGUUAGCAUUGCAAUGGGGAGGUCAGACAAAACCAUGGCAUUCAUCUCAGAUUAUAGGCUUAUUUGUAGGCUUUGGUCUUCUAACCAUUGCUUUCUGUUGCAUCCAAGCGCGACGAGGAGAAAACGCACUGAUUCCUCCACGAGUUCUUCGGCAAAGAUCGAUACUUGUUGGAUCUCUGUAUCUCUUCUUCGUGGGCAUGCUAGUUUAUGUUUAUUCCUUCUAUCUUCCAUUCUAUUUCCAAGCUGUACAAGAUGUUCUGCCAAUCACUAGCGGAGUUCGAAUCAUUCCGUUUGUUUUAGCCGAGAUAAUUCUUAUUGGCGUUACUGGUGCGAUUGCUAGUCACACGGGCCAUUAUGUUCCUUUCAUGGUGGUGGGUAUGGUUAUUUGUUGUGUGGGGGCUGGUCUAGUCACCAGACUUGAUAUUGAUAACCCUACCGCUGCAUGGGCCGCAUACCUCGUUAUAGCUGGCGCUGGCCUUGGAACUGCGAUGCAGCUCCCUUAUACAGCCCUACAGGUAGUUCUCUCGGAAGCAGAUGUACCUAUUGGAAAUGCUCUAUUCGUAUUCUUCAAUCAACUAGGAGGGAUGAUUGCAAUUCCGAUCGCUCAAUCCUUAUUUCUUUCCAAGCUUCGCGCAGAAGUUACCACUCUGCUUCCGAAUUUUGAUCCGGAAAUUGUUAUUGCAGCCGGUGCAGCAGAAUUGAACGAAAUUGCGGCCGGCUCCAAAGACGUUCUCUUACUUCUGCGUACAGCUUACUCUAGUGCAUUGAGAAGCCCUUAUAUAUUGGCCUUGAGCGCAUCUUGCAUAGCUGCCAUUUGCGUACCAGCUCUGGAAUGGAGAAACAUCAAGACCGAAGCGGCGGAAAGGAGAGAACAUGACCUGAAAGAGACCUUGAGUGGAGGACAGGAUGGGGGCGAAAAGACGGCGGAGAUACGUGAAGAUGUAAAGGAAGUUGUAUGA